AUGAAUAUUAAAAACACAAAAACCAAAGAGUAGUAGAUUGGAAAUGCAGUGCACCACCACCACCUAUGUGGCUCCCUUACCCGGCUGUCCCAUGCCAACUUCUCUUCACUCCCAUCUUCAUCGUUCCCAUCUCAGAAUCGUAAAAUCCACCUGCUUGUACUCUUCACAGCACCAAACACACUCCAAAAACAUAUACUCCCUCGCUCUUCACCCUACAAGCAAUUGUAAAAGAAACGGCAAAGAGCAAAAAAAUUCCCAAACUAACAAUAAUAAAGGCUACCCUGACCCAGAUCAGAACCUUUCAGUUUUUGACCGAUUUCAGUGUUCUUUAGACACUAACACCAACGCUAACCAAAACCCAGAAACCGAAAACCAAGAAAUUGAAGAAACAGGAGACACCGAAACUGGUAAUCAGAGAGGGCCUUUAUCAAACAUGUGGUGGACGGAUUUGAGAGCUGCAUUAGGCCAAAGAAUUAACGUUGAAGGCAUUGUUUCUUCGGCUUCCGUGUUUGUUAAGGACCGGCAUUUGGCUCUGCCUCAUGUUGUAGUGCCUGACAUAAGGUACAUUGAUUGGGGAGGGUUGCAAGCGAGAGGCUUUAAAGGUGUGGUGUUUGAUAAGGAUAACACUAUAACUGUGCCUUACUCUUUGACGCUUUGGGGUCCUCUUGGUCCGUCCAUUGAGAGGUGUAAAUCUGUUUUCGGGAAUGAUAUUGCCGUGUUCAGUAACUCUGCUGGUCUCUUUGAGUAUGAUCAUGAUGGCUCAAAAGCCAGGGCACUUGAGAAGGCAAUUGGAAUUAAAGUAAUAAGGCACAGGGUAAAGAAACCUGCUGGAACAUCUGAAGAAAUUGAAAAGCACUUUGGCUGUAAAUCCUCACAACUUAUAAUGGUGGGUGAUCGGCCUUUCACAGAUAUUGUUUAUGGAAAUCGAAAUGGCUUUUUGACAGUAUUAACGAAGCCACUGAGUCUUGCAGAGGAACCAUUCAUUGUUAGGCAGGUGCGGAAACUAGAAACCUCUCUUAUGGGCUAUUGGUUUAAACGAGGAUUGAAGCCAAUCAGUCAUAAUCUAUUGCCAGAUGCCAUGCAAUGCGUCAAAGAUCCACCACCUCAGUAGGAAAACUUUGGUCAGGAGAGCCACUUAUCUGGAGAUGAUUAAUGUCUUCGGGUAUUUACAAUUGGUUGCUACAUAUGCCAGAUAUCAUCAAUUCUUCCUUGCAUUGUGAACCUAUUUACAUUCCUUAUUCGAGUUAGAGGACAUGUUCAACAUGUAAUUGCAUCCAUACAUGUGUGUGUUGGGGGGGAUGUAUGGAGACAGAGUUCCUGCCAGAAUGAAGAGAUGAUUUGUGUAGUUUGUGAUAGACUGUUGGGGGGGGGGGGGGGGUGUAUGCUGAGAGUAAGAUAAGGUGAUGCUGUCAUACAUGAGAAAUGAUGACAUCAUAAAAUAUUCGUGCAGUUCUUGUUAUGUUUUGGAAAUACAUGUUCUAGGAUCUAACCUUUCAGAUUACAUUAGCUAUGAGGUACUGAAUUACUAAUCUAUAUUCAGUCAAGCCGGGAUGUAUCUUUUACAAGUAAUGAGAUUUGGACUGAUGUGAGGAAUGGAUUUUUUCUGAGCAUUCCAUGAUAUCUGGAGUGGUGUAAGGAGUAAACAUCUCUGAGAACUGAACCAUACAAUGACGCUGUUCUUCUUUC